AAACACACACGUGCAUUUCUCAGGUUCCGGUGGGCUUGGGAGACCCGUUCUUGUUGGAGAUCUCCAGGCUGCUGCAGGAGGAGUGGAAUUGCGUGAGCAGGGCUGGUCUUCAGCAGCCUCAAUGCGGUGAUGUUUGCAGAACGCGGCUGUGCGGAAGUUCUUUCAUCCGUGCUGCAGUAGGGGUUAGUCUUUCAGCAAUUAUUCUCGCCACAACUUUACCGUGGGCUAAAACAAGAAGAUUUAAAACUCUCACAAAACAGUGGCGUAGUUGGAAUAAUACUAAUUUCACCUCAGCAACCAUUUCGGUUGAGUCAACUCAGCUUCUUCAUGAAAGCUUGUCCAACAAGCUGUAGAGGCCUUGGUGCUUAAUGAGGAUACAUCCUCUCACUAUACACAAUGCCCAGGCCCAGCCACAGUGACCAUGUCCUUCAGCAGCUGAAUAACCAGAGAGAAUGGGGCUUCCUGUGUGACUGCUGUAUUGCCAUUGGAGACAUUUACUUCCGGGCACACAGGGCGGUCCUGGCAGCCUGCAGCUCCUAUUUCCGAAUGAUGUUUAUCAAAGACCAGCCAGUUGCGACCCGUCUGAAUCUCAGCAACUUGCAGAUUAGUGCAGAAUGUUUUGAUCUCAUUCUUCAGCUUAUGUACCUUGGGAGAAUCUCCGUGGGCCCAUACGAGUUUGAGGAACUCAAAGCUGCUAUGGUUUAUUUGCAGAUGUAUUAUAUUCCAGAAUCUCUGGAGGACCUUAAAGAUGUCAGUCGUACAAAUCUGACUUCUUCUUUGAGUAGCAGUAAAAUGAUAUUCGGCGUCCGUAUGUAUGAACAGAAGACCGGCAGCGUUGUAGAAGCUGAAAGGUUGCAGCAAGCCACCAGCUCAACACCAGCUGUGCAAAGUAGUAGUAGUAGUAGUAGUAGCAGCAGCAGCAGCAACAGGCAGCCUGACGAUAUCCUGGUGUCUCGUGUUAUGUCUAAUGUAGACACUGUUUCUGAACAGCCAUGUGACCUGCGCAAGAAACCCUGCAGUAAAGUUUCACACAUUAAAGAACGCCCACGUUUUGGAAGAACGUACACCUGCGAUGAUUGUGGGUUUGUGUUCAGCUGUGAAAAACUAUUAAUUGAACAUAUCCUGACCUGCACUAACAGAAAGGCAUUUCAGGCACCCAAACAGAGCGCUGGAAGAGACAACGGAUUUAGUAAGACUGAAAGCUCCGUCUCCGAGUCAUCGGAGGACCAGAACGACGUUUGCAAAAUGGACACAGACUGGCCCGAGCAGAAAUCGGAUACCGAAAGCUUUAAUAACGAAACUGUGAUCAAAACAGUGGGGGUAGACUGUAAACAGCCUGCAACAAGGAAUGCCACCAUUAUCAAAAUUGAGCCAGAGGAAAGUUCUGCUUUAGAGCUAAACGGCAUUAAAGUGGUCCAGGUUAGUGAUAACAGUGUGGACAAUUGUGUUCUGAGCGAUGUAUAUGAGGAUGGGGUAAAAGAGUCAGUUUUUCAUGUUAAAGAUGAUGAAGCAGCCAUGUCUGGGAAGGAGAACAGUAAGGGUUCUUUCGAGAUUCAUUUGGGAAAACGAAACAAUAAAGGCACUUUAACCAAAGCCAUAAAAGAGGAAAGGCUGGACACUGUGUAUAUCACUUGCGAGCUAUGUGGGAUAUCUUUAACAGAGGAAGACCAGUCUUCCCAUUAUAUAUCAAGUCAUAUGGGACAUAUUUGUGCUUGCGGUAAGUGUGGCCAAAUAUUAAUCAAAGGCCAGCAGUUACAAGAACACGCACAGAGAUGUGGGGAAACAACUGAUUUGGAAACCGACGGCAUAGGAGAUGAGUCAGUCGACGAGGAGAAACAGUUAUUGGACGAAGGCCUAUCAGAAAGCGAUGUACAGUUCGAGAGUGAUGUCGCCAGGUCUUGCCAGAUGUACAAGGACGCUUGUUUCACCUUCCGUUGCCCACACUGCAGUCUGCGUUUCGAGAACGAGAAGUUAGUAGUAGACCACAUGGCCAAGUGCGCAAAGCAAAACAUGUUCAAAAGCACCUUGGCAGAGCAAAGGGAACAAGACCACAGGCGGAAGCAUUUCUGCAGCAUCUGUGGGAAGGGGUUUUACCAGCGCUGUCACCUUCGGGAACACUAUACAGUUCACACCAAGCAGAAGCAGUUCUCCUGCGUGACAUGUGGGAAGCAGUUCUUACGAGAACGGCAGCUGCGGCUGCACAACGAUAUGCACAAAGGCAUGGCCAGGUACAUUUGCCCUGUCUGCGAUCAGGGGACUUUCCUUAAGCAUGAUCACGUGCGACACAUGAUCUCCCACCUGUCUGCCGGGGAGACUAUAUGCCAGGUGUGCUUCCAGAUAUUCUCCAACAGUGAUCAACUAGAGCAGCACAUGGAUGUGCAUUUGUACAUUUGUGGGGUUUGUGGGGAGAAGUUCAGAUUGAGGAAAGACAUGAGAAUCCACUAUAACUCUAAACACAAAUUAUGAUAGAGAAAGAGUCAUGUGUUGGAUGUAGAAGCCAUAGAUGUAAAAAGAUGUAUUAUAAUCCUAAAAAAUACACCAACAAAAAUUCUAUUUUAGGCAUAUUGUAAUACGGAGAGGAUCUUUGGAUUCAUGGCAUUUAAGUAGAGGGUUUUGUGCCAGAAGCUUUGAUAUAGUUCUAAAAUGUAACAUUUCAGUCUUCACAAAUGAUGGAAACAAGAAAUGAUUUACAGCAAGACUAGAGGUGGUGAUUGCAUUGCCCAUUUUUCCAUACUUACCCCCAGACCCCUUACUUACCUUGGUAUCUGAAUAGAGAAUCAUCUCCUCUUUAAAACGUAUGCAAAAGAUUUUAAUGAACAAUUCAUCUCACAAGUAUAAUAGUACCCCAAAAUGUUCCAACUGGGGAUAGCGAGCUGGUUGCCGGAUAACUUUUACUUCGGCUACUUGCUCACUAAAUAUCUAUGUAUCCCUGAAUAGAUAAUCUCCUCUCUAAAAAUAUACAAAAUAUUUUAAUAAGCAGUCUGUGUUACCCUAAAUAUGAUCUACGUGUAUAAUGUCUUGAUCAAUAGACUGUUGAGUAAGUAAAGGGUCUGAGUGAGAAAGAAUGGGCAAUACAAUUGCCACCCCCAGUCGUUCUGUAAAUAAUUUGUUGUUUCCAUAAUUUGUGUUUGUACUGUAUAUAAUACUAUAUAUUCAUUUGUGAUGUGCUCACUUUUACAGUUAUUUAAUAUUUUGUCCCUGUGGGAAAUGUGUAUAUGGUGCUGGUGAGAUGAUAAGAAUGUAAACAGAACACUUGUAUGAUAUUGAAAUUGGUGAAUGCAUAUGUAGCCCUCUGACACUGUAGAAUCAAACUGCUUUGAUUGAUAUUUCACAGGCAUAGUAGUAGGAUUUAUUGCACAUCCCUAGUAGGGGAAAAAGUACACAAUAUUUUGUAUUUAAAUGUGCAGUCUAAUACUUGGUACAGGUCAAAAAAUUGAAAAUAUUUCACAUACUUUGAUGUUUAAGCUGUUAAAUUUCUUUGAAACAAAAUUAAUUCAUGUAAUUGACAUCCAUAUUUAAAUUCAUAUAAGGAAACAACAGCGAUCUAAAGAAGAUAAACAUAAUAAACUCCCCUUAGGGAAGUCCAAACAAAUUUUCUGCUGUUGAGCUGCAUUUGCUUUAGUGUUUUUUGGUAACUUUUUAUUUUAAAACUUAGAAAGGAAAUAUACUUGUAGCUAUUUCCUCAAAACAGCUUGUCUGCAUUAUAAAACAAUCUUUACAUUGUUGUCAAGUAUAUUUUGUGAGGCCCCACUGGUACAUUUACUUGUGAAAUAAUGUUGUCUAAAUCCUAAAAUUUUUGGCUAUAGCUGUACGUAUGCAAGCCAACGCAGCACUUGUUUAUUACAAUUGUCAUUAUUUUUCCUGUUUAUAGAAUUAUUUUAAGAGUGCCAAUGAGAUGUAAGCUCUUUGUUCUCAAGGAUAUAUUUGGGUGGCAACAGCACAGACAGGGACAUGUUACAGCAAAAGGAGAAGAUAUAGACCACAAUAUUCUGGUUUAUUAUACACUAUGUCUGAGGAGGAUUUCUCUUUUUUAUAAAUAGUAGUUUUAUUUUUCUGGGUUGGUUGUUUACACUUCAUAUCAAAUAUAUACUAAAUUGUAUUUUAGUGAUGUAUACAGAGAUGUAUUUAUGUUAUGAAACCAAAUGACGUUAGACGAUAUUGGUCAUGGGGGAGAUUCUUGUGAUCAUGGGCAAAAGAUUGUUUCCAAUAAGGCCUUAAGAGGUGUAGACAAGCGUCAAUAAUUAUUUUCUAUGAAGGCCAUAAUGUCAACUAUUAAAUGUGAUGCUGAAGCCUGCUAAAGAGGUCAAAUAAAUGAAUAUUGUGGUUGAAUGUCAUCCCACUUAAUAACCAAACAAAACAAAUGUCCUCAUUAACAAAAACAAAUUUAUCACAGGUUCCUUGUCAUUUUGCUGUGAAUUUAUUUUGCUUAUGUCUAGUUUUGUAAAUUGAAUCCUUAUUAAAAAAUGGAGUAAAGUAAGUGAAUCUGUAGCAUGGGGGCCGGAUGAAUGAGCUUCAUCAAAGUUAAAAUAAAGACUCAGAAAAAAAAAAAACCACUUGCAAGAAAGUUGUUGUGCAAGGAAACAACCUAGCAGUGCUAAUAACCAAUGCUUUAAAUUCUGUUCUCUUCUUAACCUCAACGCUGACCCCCUUUCAUUGUGAUGAAAGUCUUUUAGUGAUAAUGUUGCUGGUGUUGAAAUGUGUGUCGGUGACAGCAUGGCUGUAGAUACAAUAUUAGUAACAGGAAAAAACUACACUACCAUGACCUAAGUCCACUGUGUGCACAUGUAAAAAAAUAUAUAUAAGCCUUCACAUACAGUCUCCCCACAUUUUGAUAAUCGUUCUUUUCAUCAUAAUAACUGGAUGAGUGGUUCUUUAGAUAUUUGAGGCUGUGUGGUCCAGUGGUUAAAGACAAGGGCUUGUAACCAGAAGGUCCCAGGUUCAAAUCCCACCUCAGCCACUGACUCAUUGUGUGACCUUGAGCAAGUUACUUAACCUCCUUGUGCUCCGUUUUUCGGGUGAGACGUAAUUGUAAGUAACUCUGCAGCUGAUGCAUAGUUCACACACCCUAGUCUCUGUAAGUCGCCUUGGAUAAAGGCGUCUGCUAAAUAAACAAAUAAUAAUAAUAAUAAUAUAUGUAAAUACUGACAGCCUCUGCAUACCCUGAGGUUUAAGGCAGUUAAUAACUUGGAACUAAUUAAGGUCCUUUGCAAGUAUUAAAGUAAGACAAGCCAUUCUCUUGAUAUGCAAAACUGUGAUAUACUAUGUAUGUAUGCCCACCUCCUCUAUAUCCCCCAGCAAGGAUAUACGUAAUUCUGGAAAUAGCAAGAGGUACAAAUAAUUAUAAACAUGGUUAGUACUGGUUUGUAAGUGUUACUGUACUUACAAACUCUUACAGAGGCUAGUAAAAUAUUCUGGACAUGGCCGCCAAGAAAGACAUAUCCAGACCAGAUUAAAUUAUUUAUAUUAAUAAAAAAAACAAACCAAAACUCUAAAAGAAAACUGCUUUGCAACUUUUAAACCAUCUAUGCUUGUAGGUUUCUUUGCUGUGGAAGCAGAUUGAGAAUGACCAACUAAUUAUUAGAACACUCAAAUGUAAUUUUUAAUAUUAGACCCACUAACCUUUUGAAUGUUCUAAAAACUCACUAUAUAUUGGAAGUUUCAAGGUGUUGCUAUGCACUUACAUAGUGUGGUCCAGUGGUUAAAGAAAAGGGCUUGUAACCAGGAGGUCCCUGGUUAAAAUCCCACCUCAGCCACUGACUCAUUGUGUGACCCUGAGCAAGUCACUUAACCUCCUUGUGCUCCGUCUUUCGGGUGAGACGUAGUUGUAAGUGACUCUGCAGCUGAUGCAUAGUUCACACGCCCUAGUCUCUGUAAGUCGCCUUGGAUAAAGGCAUCUGCUAAAUAAACAAAUAAUAAUAAUAAUAUUACUGUAAAUUAUUGCGAAAAUGCAAUUUGAUUGAAAAAUGUCAAUAAAGAUUUCAGUUGAAAAGUG